CUUGCGCAAACCGUUAUGCGCCUUCUUCCCUGGAGACGUCUCAUCAGCAACUGUUUUACGACUCGAAUGCCACUAGCAUUUCUGGCGAGGUUGAAAUAGGCUGCUGAAAGUUUUAGGCUUCACAGAAAGUUUUAGGAGACGAUUCACAGGGAGUAACAGGUGCGCGAUUUGGAGUCUGGAACAAGAGCGCGGGCAUCUCGGUUUCUCGACAUCCAUAAACUUUUAACUUUUUAAACAGUUGAUGCUCAGAUUGCCAUAAAGCUUAAAUAAUGGCAAACUCGGGCGUUCAAUUGCUUGGAUUUUGUCUCUCUCUGGUUGGCGUCAUUGGACUCAUCGUGGGCACCGUCCUGCCGCAGUGGAAGAUGUCCGCGUAUGUAGGUGACAGUAUUAUCACAGCUGUCGCCACGUACCAGGGACUGUGGAUGUCGUGCGCUUUUCAGAGCACGGGCCAGCUUCAAUGUAAAAUCUACGACUCCAUCCUACAGUUAGACAGUGAUCUUCAGGCUACCCGCGCACUAAUGAUUGUGGGUAUUAUUGUGUCCAUUGCUGGACUGGGUGUUGCCUGCAUGGGGAUGAAGUGCACCACUUGUGGAGCUGAUGAUAAAGUUCGCAAGUCUCGAACGGCCAUGACAGGGGGCAUCAUACUGCUAGUGGGAGCUCUUUGUGCAAUCGUCGCCUGCUCAUGGUUUGCCCACAACGUGAUCCGAGCAUUUUACAACCCCUUUACCCCAGUGAACACCAAGUUUGAGUUCGGAGCAGCCAUCUUCAUUGCAUGGGGCGGCUCAUUUCUCGACGUACUUGGGGGAGCUAUGUUGGCUGCCUCUUGCCCUCGAAGUAAACAAGUGUCAAAGUAUCCUAAAAGCAAUCCUGCACGGUCAACCAACGGCAACAAGGAGUAUGUGUGAACAAGACUGCCCCUCGCUGGAAAAAGGAGAGCAGUUUCAUUAGGGUGAAGGAUUUCUUCAGCAAAUGAAUGGACUGAGCAUGUUGUGUUGUUUUAGAUUGGAGAGACAUUAAGGGACUGUGGAGACAUCAGUGUUUCAAUGAAACACGAGGUUAUUUUCUCUUGGUAAAAUAAGAAAUUUUGAUAGCCAGACAGCCUGGUGUUUCUAAAGUGCCCACUAGGGAGCACUAUAACCAACAGGCCAAGAAAAUGUUUUUUAAAAUGGAGGAAUACUCAAUAUUUGUUUUAGAUAAUUAUCCUCUGUGCAUCCAGAAUAUAACUUUAUUAACACAGCAUAUAUGUUGCUUUUCAUUAUGUGAUUAAUAUUGUCAAAUUAAGCAUUUUAUUAUCGUAGGAAAACUCUGUCCAUUAUAUUAAACUCUUGUUUUAGUUUGAUUAAUAUGUAACAUACUAUUUAUACCUUACUUUAAUUUUUUUUAAAUAUCUUGAUAAUGGCAGUGUUAGUUUUCUGUAUAGUAUAGUAUAUAUAUGCACACACACACACACGUGUAUGCAAAUAUUGUUUACACAUAUUCUGGCUUCCUCUCUGGAAUAAAGUUUGCUUCCUUUGUACCUAACCGGUUUCCUCUCCUCCUGUUUGAAAAAAUGCCUGACGUGUGUUAAACAACCACCCUCAUCCAAAUGCAAUUAAAACAAACACCGAGCUUCAGCAUAAAGCUAAUCGUUUAAUACUCCCAGCCCGUGCACUCCCCACAAUUUACAAAAAAAAUAUUUUUUCCAUGCAAAACAUCUAAACAACAACAAUUUUUAAAGCGUCGCACUGUCCGAUCAUCAUUGCAGAACAUUUGAUUGUUCAUCUCAGUCACAGACAGCACUUUUUCAAGGCAACAGACUCAUUAAAACAUUGAGCAAAA